UUCAACCAAAUUAAUCUCUUGAAACAAACACCUUUGUGUUUGAUAUUGAAAAAGGAUAAUGACAUUGUUGGUGAUUCUACAUCAAGUCAUCAGCUGCAGCUUCUUCCUUUUCUUUCUUUUGAAUUAUUCUCUUGUAAACACUCAACGUGUAUGCGAUCCAAAACAAAGCCUUGCUCUGUUGGAGUUCAAGAAAGCCUUUUCCUUGAUUAAAUCUGCAUCAAAUAGUACUUGCAAUGAUGCUUAUCCAAAGACAGCAACAUGGAACCAAACCAACAAAGAUUGUUGUUCAUGGGAUGGAGUGAAAUGCAACGAGGAAGACGAAGGUCAUGUCGUCGUUGUGGGGCUUGACCUUAGUUGCAGUUGGCUUAGUGGAGUUCUUCAUCCUAACAACACCCUCUUCACCCUCUCUCACCUUCAAACCUUGAAUCUUUCUCACAACCUUCUUUUAUCUAAAUUUUCACCUCAAUUUGGGUACUUGAAGAACUUGAGGCAUUUGGAUCUUUCCUCAUCUUACUUAAUGGGAGAUGUUCCAUUGGAAAUAUCAUACUUGUCUAACCUUGUUUCUCUUGAUCUUUCUAGCAACUAUCUAAGUUUUUCAAAUGUAGUUAUGAAUCAGCUUGUUCAUAACUUAACUAAUCUAAGGGAUCUUGCACUUAGUGAUGUAUUCCUUCUCGACAUUACACCCACUACUUUCACGAAUCUCUCUCUUUCUCUAGCUUCUCUUUCUCUUUCUUCAUGUGGGUUGAGUGGAAAUUUUCCACCACAUAUUAUGAGUCUUCCAAAUUUGCAAGUCUUGCAACUUAACAAUAACUAUGAAUUGGAAGGUCAGUUGCCCAUCUCUAAUUGGAGUGAAUCACUUGAACUCCUGAAUCUUUUUUCAACUAAAUUUUCAGGAGAGAUUCCCUAUUCCAUUGGUACUGCCAAAUCCUUGAGAUCUUUAAACCUUCGGUCAUGCAAUUUCACUGGUGGAAUUCCAAAUUCAAUAGGGAACCUUACAAAACUCAAUAACAUUGAUCUCUCUAUAAACAACUUCAAUGGUAAACUGCCCAAUACAUGGAACGAACUUCAAAGACUAUCUAGGUUUGUAAUUCAUAAGAAUUCUUUCAUGGGUCAGCUACCCAAUUCCCUGUUCAACCUGACACAUCUCUCCCUCAUGACAUUUUCCUCUAAUUUAUUUUCAGGUCCUUUACCCACAAAUGUUGCUUCAGAUAGGCUUUCAAAUCUUAUUCAACUGAACAUGAAAAAUAACUCACUCAUUGGUGCUAUUCCCUCUUGGCUUUAUGAAUUACCUCAUUUGAAUUACUUGGAUCUCUCUGAUAACCAUUUCUCUUCUUUCAUUAGGGAUUUCAAAUCCAACUCAUUGGAGUUUCUUGAUUUGAGUACAAACAACUUGCAAGCUGGAAUUCCCGAGUCUAUUUAUAAGCAAGUGAAUCUUACAUAUUUAGCAUUAGGGUCAAACAAUUUGAGUGGAGUUUUGAAUUUAGACAUGUUGUUAAAAGUUCAAAGUCGUUUAGUAUCACUUGAUGUUUCCUAUAACAAGCAACUUAUGGUACAGUCUACUAACGUUAGUUUUGUGAACAACAAUCUUGUUCACAUUGAAAUGGGUUCUUGCAAAUUAGGAGAAGUUCCCUACUUUUUGAGAUAUCAGAAGAAGUUGGAGCAUUUAGACCUUUCAAAUACUCAAAUUCAAGGGGGAAUUCCCAAGUGGUUUUCUGAACUAAGUGCUUUGAAUCACCUUAAUCUUUCACAUAACUCCUUGUCCUCAGGCAUUGAGAUUCUCCUCACUUUGCCAAAUUUGGGAAAUCUCUUUCUUGAUUCUAACUUGUUCAAACUACCCUUUCCAAUUCUGCCAUCAUCUAUCAAACAAUUUACAGCUUCAAAUAAUAGAUUCAGUGGGAAUAUCCAUCCCUCAAUUUGCAAAGCCACCAACCUUACUUUCCUAGAUCUGUCAAAUAAUAGCUUGAGUGGUGUAAUCCCAUCUUGUUUCUUCAACCUGACUUUUAUCAUGCUGUUGGAAUUGAAAAGAAAUAAUUUUUCUGGUUCUAUUCCCAUACCACCACCAUUGAUUUUAGUUUACACUGCCUCAGAAAACCACUUCACUGGAGAAAUCCCUUCUUCAAUUUGCUAUGCCAAAUUCCUUGCUGUUCUUAGUUUAUCCAAUAAUCACUUGAGCGGUACAAUUCCACCAUGUCUAGCAAACUUGAGUUCUCUUGUAGUGUUGGAUAUGAAAAACAACCAUUUUUCUGGUAGUGUUCCAAUGCCUUUUGCAACAGGAAGUCAAUUGAGAAGCCUCGAUUUGAAUGGUAACCAAAUAAAAGGAGAAUUGCCACCAUCUUUGCUCAACUGUAAGAAUCUUCAAGUCUUGGAUCUUGGGAAUAACAAGAUAACAGGUGUGUUCCCCCACUGGUUAGGAGGGGCCUCAAAUUUGCGAGUCCUUGUCCUUCGAUCUAAUCAAUUUUCCGGUCAAAUUAACGACUCCAUGAACACAAACUCUUUCCCAAAUCUACGUAUCAUUGAUGUAUCUCGGAAUUAUUUCAAUGGGACACUUCCAUCAAACUUUUUCAAAAACAUGAGAGCCAUGAAGGAAGUUGAAGUAGGAAACCAGAAACCCAACUCUCAUUCCCUUGAAUCUGACGUAUUGCCUUUCUACCAAGACUCAGUGGUGGUAUCACUGAAAGGGCUUGAUCUUGAGUUGGAAACAAUUCUUUUGAUAUUCAAAGCUAUUGAUUUUUCAAGUAAUGAGUUCAAUGGAGAAAUACCAGAGUCAAUUGGGAUGCUCAUGUCAUUAAAAGGUCUCAACUUUUCACACAAUAAACUUACAGGUAAGAUUCCUAUAACUUUAGGGAAUCUAAGCAAUCUUGAAUGGUUGGAUCUUUCUUCAAAUGAAUUGUUGGGUAAAAUUCCACCUCAGUUGGUUGCUCUUACAUUUCUCUCUAUCUUGAACGUCUCACAAAAUCAUCUUUCUGGACCAAUUCCUCAAGGCAAACAGUUUGCUACUUUUGAUAGUUCUUCAUUUGUUGGAAAUCUUGGCCUUUGUGGAUUUCCUCUACCAAAUUGUGACAAAGAAAAUGCUCAUAAAUCUCAACUCCAACAUGAAGAAAGUGAUAGUUUGGGGAAAGGGUUUUGGUGGAAAGCUGUGUCAAUGGGGUAUGGAUGUGGAAUGGUAAUUGGAAUACUUGCUGGGUAUAUUGUUUUUAGAAUUGGAAAACCUAUGUGGAUUGUGAGAAUGGUCGAAGGUAGAAGAACUUCAAAGAAACAAAGGUAAAAGAGAAGGAAUUGUUGGCCUAAGUAGAGAAAUGACUAACCUAUAAUAUCUUUCCUUAAUUAAUAGUUGUAUAAUAUUUCAUCUUCUGAAGAACAUAUAUGUGUGUGUAUAUAUGUGUGCCUUAUAAUCAUGAAUGAAUGCAACUAUUUUGUGAAUCA